AUGUCCUCUCAAUCAGAGGAGGGGGUUGGAGGUGAUUCAGAGGAAGAAGUUAGAGGUGAUUCAGAAGGGGAGGUUGGAGGUGAUGAACAUAUGGUUGAUUUAGAGGUGGAUGAUGAACAAGUGAUGAAUCUUGGAAAUCAACAUGUGGUUACUCCUACUUUGAAAAGUAUAAAGUGUGGUCCUUCUCAGAUGAACACAAAACUUAGGUUGAGGAGGAAAGUGGUGACCAAGGAUGAUACAGGGGGAAGUCUUGAAAAUCCUCUCACAAUCUAG